AUGGAAGUAACCCUCCCACAUCGCUUCGCAAAUGAAUGCGAGAAGGUCAUUUAUCCCGCAAGCUGUUGCCUGAUACGACCAAAGAAGAACUCUAGCCAGACUAAAAAGGAAGCACUCGCUCUCAUUUUCGCCGUGCAGAAGUUCCAUCGUUUCAUCCAUGGACGACAUUUCACGCUGAGGACUGACCACAAACCACUUUUGGCAAUCCUCGGAAGCAAAAAAAGGAGUUCCGGUCUACAGUGCCAACCGUCUUCAGCGAUGGGCCACGAUACUGCUCAGCUACAGUUUCACUAUCGAGUAUAUCAACACAAAGAAUUUCGGCCAAGUGGACGUUCUUUCACGCCUCGUCUCGUCACAAUAAUCGACACCGGAGGACAGCGUGAUCGCCUCAAUAGAUGCUGA